AUGUGCAAGCAUUGGCUAUCGAAAGGCUACAAACAGCUCGAAAAUCUGGUAUCCUCGGUUUGCCUUGUGAUACAAGCAGGCCUUCAGAAUCAGAAGAAAGAUUGGCUCAGCGAAGAUGGGUCAAAAAAUAUCACAGUAAAUCCGAUACCGGACUGGCAUGAUUUGGAAAAGCGACCUCACGAAAAAUGUGGAAUUGAAUGUUUGCAGCGUUUGGAUAAAGAUCCGCAUGCUAAGGAAUUUGUGCGUUAUUCUCCAUAUAUGAUUCCAUUGCUCAUGGGCUGGAAGCGCAAGGUAUUUUCGGGGAAUAUCUGUUUUUACUGCUUUUAUCAAGAUUUUAAUUUUUUUUAA